GCCUCUGCGCUUCCGGGGCAGCGGGCGGGCGCCUGCACUUCCCCUGAGCGAGCGGCGGGCAGCCGGCCGGAGCCCACGCCCGCAGCAGCGGCACCGGGGCGGGACCCGACGCCCCCAGGCGCAGUUGUGUCUAGGUAAGUUCCCAGGGGAGUUGUUUUGACGUCUGCAGAUCCAUCAAAGAGUGAGAAAGCAGUCCUCUGCCUGUUGCUCCAAGCUCUUGAGCCAAGUUCUCCACCAGCCCUUCAUCUUCAGAAGUGCCUCUAGAACGCAGUGGCCCCUUCCGGGAUCAGGGCAGGCUCUGCUCUGCGUAUCGUCCUCUCAGAAACCUUGCAGAAAGAGCCCCCACCAUCAGGGACAUCUCAUCAUCAUGGUGGGAAGAGAACAUGGAGGGUUGCCCAUCUAAGCAUUUACAUAGGAAGUUCCUAUAAAGCACUGCCUGCCAGCUGCCCUUCCCCAGAUCCUGAAUGCACUCCUGGCCAGGUGGAGCAGAGAACCGUCACUCUACGGGUCAUGCUGAGCUCGUACCCUACUGGUUCAGACAGGCCCUGUCGAAGAAGCCCACAACGACUCAUGUCUCCCCAGAAAACCGCCCUAGUGAUAUUUCACAGUCGAGCUCACAGGACAGCCCUCCACCCCUGGGCCCCAGCUCAGAGGUGUCUCCCACCCUGCCACCGACACACAUGGGCGCGGACAGCAGCAGCAGCAGCAGCGGCCGCUGGAGCAAGGACUAUGAUGUGUGCGUGUGCCACAGCGAGGAGGACCUGGCGGUCGCCCAAGAGCUGGUCUCCUACCUGGAGGGCAGCACCUCCAGCCUGCGCUGCUUCCUCCAGCUUCGAGAUGCCACCCCAGGCGGGGCCAUUGUGUCUGAGCUGUGCCAGGCACUAAGCAACAGCCACUGCCGCGUGCUGCUCAUCACUCCGGGCUUCCUCCAGGACCCGUGGUGCAGGUACCAGAUGCUGCAGGCACUGAGUGAGGCCCCCGGGGCAGAGGGCCGCACCAUCCCGUUGAUGUCAGGCCUCUCCAGAGCCGCCUACCCUGCCGAGCUCCGAUUCAUGUACUUCGUGGAUGGCCGAGGCCCAGAUGGAGGCUUUCACCAAGUCAAGGAGGCUGUCCUGCGGUAUCUUCGGGCCCUCAGCUGACUCUCCUUUUGUCACCACAGGACCCAGAAAGUUGGAGCAAAGCUGGAAAUGGAGUUAGAGAGCCCAGGGCCUUGAAGGGCCUUGCAUUCCUUUGCAGCAUGUUGUAUGUGACCCUGGGAUCAGAUUGCCCAUGGCCUCCAUUACCAUGGGCUCCCAGGAAGGCCCCAGGGAAGCUGGGGACUCCCCCAGGAAGGCCUGGAGAAGCUGGGGACUCCCCCAGGAAGGCCACAAGGAAGCUGGGGACUCCCCCCAGGAAGGCCAUGGGGAAACCAGAAAGUAGAGGCGGGAGGACAUGCUGAUACUCAGCAGUCACCCGUGUUUUGCCUCCUGCCUAAUUGGAUGUGUAGCCUGGCACUGUAUGCCUACAUCUUCCCCUGGGACGGGGCCCUGGUGUAGAGGUGCCUUCUUUGCCUGGAUAAGGAGCUGGAAGCCUGCACUGCUCGCCCCCACGGGGUGGUUUCCCUGAGGCCUGGGGAAGCCCUGAACAGAUGUUAGGGGAACGCGACAGUUUUGAUAUCAUUCAUACUCACACUCCUGCCGGGUCUCCAGUGACGUCACACACUUCUGAAAGUCACGUGGAAAAUGCACCCAGCACUGUCCUGUAUUUAUUUUUGCUGCAUGUCUGUCAUUAAAGACACACCUAGAAACCGUUCUGAAUAGAUAGGAGAGGACAGGGAGCAGAUCAGCUGGGAUCAAAAGCCAGUGCUCUGGAGUUCCCAUCAUGGCACAGCGGAAACAAAUACAUCUAGGAACCAUAAGGUUGCGGGUUCAAUC